AUGCUGCGCUACCCCUCCCCCGCAUCGGCCUGGCAAGGCGCGCUGCCCCUUGGUAACGGCCGCCUGGGAGCCAUGCUGUACGGCGGCGUGGCCAGGGAAACGCUGCGUCUGAAUGAAGAAAGCGUCUGGUAUGGAGGCCCGAUGGACCGCACGCCUGCGGGCGCAAGGGCGCACCUAGAUGCCUUGCGGCAACUCAUCCGCGCGGGGAGGCAUGCCGAUGCUGAAGCCCUGGUUGGGAAACGCUUCCUGGCGACGCCGAAGAGCAUGAGGCAUUACGAGCCGCUGGGCACGUGCGUGCUGGAGUUUAUGGCUGGCGAUGGUGAAGUGGAGGGCUAUGAGCGGAGUCUUGAUUUUGCGCGGGCGGAGGCUGUGGUGCAGUACGUUGUUAAUGGGACGCGGGUGCGUCGCGAGGCUGUUGCUACGCAUGCAGACAAUGUCAUUGCACUGCGCGUGGUGGCUGAUAGCCCAAUCACUUUCAGAGUCAGCUUGACACGCACGAGCGAGGUUGAGUGGGAAGUGAACGAGUUCUUGGAUUCGAUUGAACUCGUCGACGGGCGGAUCGUGCUGCACGCAACGCCUGGUGGGAGUGUCCGAGACGUUGGUCGCGAGCUGGAAGUGACAGCGAGUGAUGCUCUGGUCGUUCUUGCCGCGCAGACUCAGUACCGCCAUAGCAACACCCAGCAGGCGGCUCUGUCCGACUUGGAGAGCGCUUUGCAGCUCGGGCCUGAACUGAUCUGGCGACGACAUCUCGAUGACUGGCACCCUCUGUAUGACCGCAUGGCCAUCCACCUCUUCCCAGAUAACUCCCAGCUUCUAACCCCCGAGCGCCUGGCGGACGUACAAAACCCUGGACUCGCCGCUCUGUUCCACGCCUACGCACGCUACCUCCUCUUGUCCAGCAGCCGAGCGUCUCCAAAAGCUCUCCCCGCCAACCUCCAAGGUAUAUGGAACCCGUCAUUCCAACCUCCAUGGGGCUCCAAGUUCGUCCUCAACAUCAACCUGCAGAUGAACUACUGGGCUGUCCACGUGUCCAAUCUGUCGGAGUGCGAGCUCCCCGUGUUCGACUUGCUGGAACGCAUGGCCAUCAACGGCCGGCACACUGCUUCUGAGGUCUGGGGGUGUCGCGGGUGGUGUGCACAUCACUGCACUGAUAUCUUUGGCGAUACCGAGACGCAGGAUCGCUGGAUGCCGGCGAGUCUGUGGCCGUUGGGCGGGGCGUGGGUGUGUACUCUUGUCUGGGAGCACUAUGCGUUCAAUGGAGAUGAGACUUUGCUUGUCCGGAUGGCGCCUGUGCUCGAGGGCUGUGUUGACUUUCUACUCGACUUCCUGGUUGAAGACUCUACUGGUAAGUUCCUCGUCACUAAUCCCUCUCUGUCGCCCGAGAAUACGUUUCUGCAUGAGGAGAGUCAGGAGAAGGGCGUGUUCUGCGAAGGCUCCACGAUGGACACGGAGAUCGUCCGGCAGGUUUUCUCACAGUUCCUCCUCAUAUCAACCGUCUUAAAGGGGCGACACGAACUACAAGAGCGCGCGCCCGCGGUCGAGGCUGCGCUCAGCAAACUGUCGCCGAUAACAAUCAGUCCCAACACAGGCACCAUCCAAGAAUGGGGCGUCCACGACUUCGCCGAAACCGAGCCCGGCCACCGCCACAUCUCGCACCUCUACGCCCUGCACCCCGGCAGCUCCAUCACGCCCUCGACCACGCCGGCGCUCGCGCAAGCCGCCACGAAGACUCUGCGCCGCCGCCUCGCCCACGGAGGCGGCCACACCGGGUGGUCGCGCUCCUGGCUGGUCAACCUCUGGGCUCGCUUGCGGCAGCCCGCAGAGUGCCGGCCGAACAUCGAAGCACUCCUGCGUGACAGCACCUUACCUAACCUGCUCGCCUCGCACCCGCCGUUCCAGAUCGACGCGAACUUCGGCGGCGCGGCGGGCAUCGUCGAGUGCCUGGUGCAGUCGCAUGAGGAAGUGCAGACCAGCGGCCAGGAAGGCGGUGUCAGGCUGCUGCGACUGCUUCCGGCGUGUCCUGUGGGGUGGAAGAAGGGCAGUGUCCGCGGUGUGCGGUGUCAAGGGGGGUUCGAGGUCGCGUUUGAGUGGGAAGACGGGCGCGUGCAGAGUCCGGUCCGGAUAGACUCGUUGUUUGGACGCGGCGCGGUGCUUGUUGUUCAUCACGCGGGAUCUGGUGCCUCGGAUGAGGGUGUUGAGGUUAACAUUCCUGCGGUCCAAGGUGUUCAUCUUGUUGACUGCGCUGUCUCGGCCGGGGUAGGUCUCUGAUGUCAUGUCUGUUGGAGCAUAUGGACAUGUCUGCGCAAGAAUGUAGAUUGCGGCCGAGAGCGUGUUGUACCGGGAGUCGAUAUGUCAGCCCACAAUCUUGAGAUCUUUGGUAUAAGGACCUGACUUCGGAGAAAGGAACUUCCCUUAGACCUACCCCCUCUUUCAUGAGCAAUUCCUUCUCUCUCGCGGUCUGAUUACUCAAAGGGUCGUACACCUGGCUUUGAUGCUAUCAAGCUCUUCCUUAUGGUACAGAAAGGCUUUGGGCAUUACGUUCCUGGUGCAUUGAUGUAGCGA